UUAUUUAAAACGUUUGUCUGAAUGUUUGUCUGGUUCCCAUCGUUUUCUCUACUCCUGGACUUUGACUAGGCCGCAGCUCUGCUCAUUCUUCCUGAACUUUUUAUUUCUGUUUAGAAGAAAAACGUCAAACUUGAACAAAGCGGAUCCAGGUUCGAAAAUGGGAUGUUGAUGGGAAACGAUGACGUCACAAAGCAGAAAGUUUCAUCCCAUCAGAAACCUGAAGGUUGUCGCACCUGGACCCACCAGAACCUAAAUGGACCGGGUCAACCGGAUCCGCUGGGUCCCUGCCCCCCUCACGCGCACAGCCCGGCGCGCUCCCGGCCGGGCCCGCGCCGGGCUGUGCGCGUGCCCGUGCUGCAGGUAGUAACUCCGCCCCCUCCGUUCAGCACAAUACCCGCCGCUCCGGUCCGGUCCGGUCCGUCCUGUCCGGGUCCACUCUGCCGUCCGGCCCCGGGCUGCCCCGCAUCCUGGCCGGGUGAAGGUCUCCCCCUCCGGCCGCAGAUCUGUGCCGACCCCUCCGCUGACCUUUGACCUGGCCUGCCUUUCAAAGUGUCAGAUGUGGAAAAUAAAACCAUUCCUUGGAUCCUCACUGGAAGCCUGAGCGGGAAGUAAAUCUCCUGGAUGGAUUUUAUUUUGAUGUUUUUGUGGUAAAACAAGAGAAAACUUUGAUAAAAGCUGAUUUUGUCCGGGAGUUUUCCUCGCCUGCGUCCUCCGGUCCGGAGCGGAUGGAUCCCUGGACCGGAGAACCAGGAAGUUGAUACGGGCCGGACCACAGCAGAGGGAGGAGCAUGUCCUGGAAGAGGAACUACUUUGCAUCGGGAGGCGGCGGAGGCACACAGGGAGUGGUGGCGGCGCAGACCAUGGCGUCCAUCGCUCCCAGUAAGGGGCUGAGCAACGAGCCGGGUCAGAACAGCUGCUUCCUGAACAGCGCCCUGCAGGUACGAGAGAGAGAGAGAGAGAGAGACACACACA